CUUGUCAGAACCUCCCCAUAUUUUCCCCACCCCACAUCAUCAAGAUCAUCAUGGACGCUUCAUCGCUGCCGCUGCUCCGCGCGGGGCCUGACCUCAUGCGAGUGGGAUUCCAGCGCGCCUCGGAAGACACCCGCCCGGUGCAUGAAGUUCAACGCCUUGAAACCCAUCGUCGUCUGCGUGGCUUCGAAGGCAAGAUGAACUCGGUCGAACAGAUCUACGGCAAGGCGGCCGCCAUGCGUUUUCGCACGGAGAAGGUGCUGCUUGAGCAACACACGCGUCUCCCGGGACUUCCUAGCUCCCGAUGCGGUCUGGACACCCUUCUCGGCAACGACGAGACCCUUGACUUUGCCGACAUCCUCAACGACCCUCAAGAAGCCCCGGAAGCCCAGUUCCGCGUGCACGACAUCAUGGAAGUCAAGUUGGCGAUUUUCUAAUCCCUCGACCUUAACAACGCACCUUUUGCAUGACGACCA